ACCUCCUACUCAGUUGGAAAAAGUCUCAAAACCUGGUGCAGUCAACUGACAUUAAAUUAUAAAAUAAGUAAUUGUAGACAUUGGUUUUGAAACAUAUUCACUUUCAUGCAAUGUUUCAGAUGACUGAGGAGAACCCCCUAGAAGGAGAAUGUGACAUUUUAGUUCCUGCAGCCAACGAAAAACAAAUCACCCUUAAAAAUGCCCACAAAAUCAAAGCAAAGGUAGCGUCCAAGAAAGCCUGUAUAAUCAUUUCAAGGAAGCCAUUCCAAUCAAACCACCGGCUAAGUUCUUGCAAAAGAUCGCUGGCGCGAAUAAAAAAGAUAUUGUUCAUUCUGGAUUGGAGUUCACCAUGGAACGAUCAGCUAAGCAAAUUAUGCAUUGUGCUAGUGAGUACGAACUGGGUCUAGAAAUAAGGACGGCUGCUUAUAUCGUGUCCAUGGAAAAAGUCUACAACACAUACACUGUGGCUGGUUUCACAUUUACAUAAUCCUCUUGUGAAAAUUGACAAGUGAUUAAUUCUUAGAUAAUUUUCAUUUGGCCGAAUUUAUGAAUUAGCUUUUCCAUGGAGGAUAUUUAUUGUUAAAGCACCUAU